AUGGCGUCAAUUUCUGUUCUCAACCCAAAAGCUGAGUUCGCUAAAUCUCAACAUGCCUUCAAUAUUAAUCUCGCGGCGGCGCGUGGACUCUUUCAAGUCCUGAAAACCAAUCUCGGCCCAAAAGGGACAAUGAAAAUGCUUGUUUCCGGUGCAGGUGAUAUCAAGAUCACCAAAGACGGGAAUGUUUUGCUCCACGAGAUGCAAAUCCAACACCCCACAGCCAGCCUCAUCGCCCGAGUUGCCACUGCUCAAGACGACAUGACCGGUGACGGCACCACGUCUAACGUGCUCUUGAUUGCCGAAUUGUUAAAACAGGCAGACUCGCACACAUCUGAGGGUCUGCACCCGCGCCUUAUCACAGAGGGAUUUGAAAUAGCUAGGAAUAAAUGCCUCGAGAUACUAUCCAAUUGUCGCAUUGAUAUCGAAAGUGAAAUGCCCGACAAGUCUAUUCUCUUAUCCGUUGUCGGCACGUCUCUUCGAACGAAGCUGCAUGCCGACUUGGCGAAUCUCCUGACAGGGGUAAGAGAACUGACAUGGAUACCACCCUUAUCAAGGGUAUCGUUCUUGACCAUGGGGGGCGACAUCCUGAUAUGCCCAAGCGAACGUACGUCCGUUUGUGUAUUCUCACUCUUCUUUAGGGAGGUCAAUUCGUCAUUCUUCUACAAGACUGCAGAAGAGCGGUCAUCUUUGGUCAAAUCUGAGCGUGAAUUUAUUGACAUGCGGGUCCAGAAGGUGAUUGACUUGAAGAAUAAGGUCUGUGAUGCUGCAGGCGGUGACCCAAAACCUGGUUUUGUUGUGAUAAAUCAAAAAGGCAUCGAUCCAUUCGCCCUAGAUGCCUUCGCUCGCGAAGGGAUUUUAGCCCUUCGUCGCGCUAAGCGUCGAAAUAUGGAGCGAGUUGCGUUGGCCUGCGGAGGUUAUGCGCUAAAUUCUGUAGAAGAUAUGACCCCCGAUUGCUUAGGCCACGCCGGGCUCGUUUAUGAGUACAUUUUGGGUGAAGAAAAGUUCACGUUCGUGGAGGAAUGCAAAAACCCGCGGUCCGUCACUUUAUUGAUGAAAGGACCGAACAAGCACACUCUCACGCAGAUAAAAGAUGCCAUCAACGACGGAUUACGAGCUGCGAAGAACACAUUGGAAGACGGUAAUAUAUCCCCUUUUAUUCUGCACAAUGUUUGUUGCCCCAGUUAG